ACAGAUUUAAAUCAGCCAACCGCCUACUGAAUUCCAAUCCAUCCGACAUCACACAUAUCUAUCCCUUCCCCCCUCUCUCUAUAUAUAUCCUAUCCAUCUACAGGGUCUCAUUAGGAAAAUUUUCACUCUCAAUUCAUCUUAUUCUUGCUUGGAGCGUGUAGGCAGAAAAGAGCUUAAUUAGUUCGGUGCAAUCACUUGAAUCUGUCGGCGAAGGUUUCAUUUACAAGCAAAUAACGAUGAGAAGAGAAGAUGCGGCUGCUUCUCCCGCUUGCAAUUCGUCUCCAAAGUCUGGUUCUGGAAAAUUAUCCAGGAGAAAGGGAGCGGCAUGCAGCCAGCUGCAACGGGUGUUCCGCUACUUUGACAAGAACGGGGACGGAAAAAUAUCUCCGGAGGAGUUGCAGAGUUGUGUAAGAGCAGUGGGAGGGGAGCUGUCAGCAAAGGAGGCAGAAGCGGCAGUGAAGUCAUCGGACAUGGACGGAGAUGGGAAGCUGGGAAUGGAGGAUUUUGAGAUGUUGAUGGAGGCAAACGGAGAGGAGGAGGAGAAGACAAAGGACUUAAAGGAGGCAUUUGGGAUGUAUGAGAUGGAGGGGUCAGGAUGCAUCACGCCUAAGAGUUUGAAGAGAGUGCUGAGUCGACUGGGUGAGUCCAAGACCAUUGAGGACUGCAAAGUCAUGAUUCAUAUGUUUGAUAUCAACGGAGAUGGCGUCCUCAGCUUUGAGGAGUUCUCCGCUAUGAUGCGCUAGUCUUCUUCUUCACUCAAUCCUUCUUCAUCACCCACAGCCAUGAGCCAUCCACCAUCUCGUAAAUUCAUUUGUAUAUAUUUUCUAAACUUUAAUAUCUUUUCAUUUUUUGGAAAUGAAUAAAUCAUGGGAACAUGACUGUUGAUCUUGUUGCCCUCCAAUGCUUAUAAACAUCGACAAUUCAUGUCA